AUGGAUCAAACGCUCUAUGGCAACGAAGCAGAUGUUGGGAGAUCGUUGCAGCAAUACCUCGAACAAGCGAAAGCACAACGCGAAGACUUCUUCUUAACGACCAAGGUCGGUCGCCACGAAGGCUCUGUCGAAAAGACGUACCGCAGCGUAUUGCGCAGUGUUCGACGCAUCGCGGGCGAAGACGGGUACGUUGAUCUGUUCCUCGUGCAUCGGCCCAUUCAGAGGCGCGAGGAGGUCUGGGUUGCGCUGGAGAGGCUGCUGGAGGAAGGAAAGACGAGGGCAAUCGGCGUCAGCAAUUUUCGAGCCGAGCAUCUGGAGGAGAUGAAGGGCUACGCCAAGGUCUGGCCGCCUGUUGUGAACCAGAUUGAGGUGCUUGUACGUUGGUCUGUUCAAAACGGCUUCGUGCCGCUGGUGAAGAGCAGCGACCCGGCAAGGAUCGAGGAGAACGCCAAUAUCUUUUCCUUUGAGCUUGACGAGGAGGAAAUGCAACUCCUCGACGACUUAGACAUGGGAGCGCAGGGCGCUCUUUUUCCUGCCAACGUUAACUAG